UACUAAUACAAAACAUCAAAUUAUCAUGAAUUAUAACCAACCGGGGCAAACAGACGGACACCCUCAGAUGUCACCUCCCAUGGGUGGAGCACAACAACCUCAGCAACAGAAUAGAGGAGUACCCAUAACUCCACAAUUUCUCGCUAGUCUUACACCACAACAACUACAACAAUUCAAGAAUCAUCCCCAGUUCCAAGAAAUAAUGAGAGCUCAACUUCAACGUCAGAGAGCGAUGCAGCAGGCCGCAUUGCAGCAACAACAAAUUCAGCAACAGCAACAACAGCAACAACAGCAACAGCAACAACAACUUCCUCAACUGCAGAUUAGACAACCUUCCCAACAAGUUCAACCACUUAUUGGAACUCAAAAUGGUCCACCACAACAAGUUAUACAGAAUCAAAGAGGUUCAUUUCAAGGUCCAAAUCCUAUAAUUCAACCUCCUAAUGUAGCUACUGCAGUAGGAAUACCUCCUGGUAGUCAAAAUUCUCCUGUAGUGGCAGGACUUAUUCCUGGACCCGGUAGAAUACCUAAACAAUCUGUACCAAUUGGAGGAGUUAUUCCUGGUCCAAGAGAUCCUAAUUUACCACCACAAUUUCCUCCUGAAGUUCUUUCUAAAUUACCUAUGAGAACAUUAAAUAAUAUUAAUCAAUGGUCUGAAGAACUUAAGAAACAAGGAAAAGAUGUAAGUACUGAUAUAAAAUUAUAUGAAUCUAUAAUUAAACGAGAUUCAAAUUUUAUGAAUGCUAUCCCUGGACAAAUAGAGAAAGGUAAAGCCCAAAUUGAAAAACUUAGUAAAGAUUUUCAAGCUUAUUCUCAUAUAAAACAACUUCGAAUGAAUGCUAUUAAUCUUUCUCAAAAGGGUCAAUAUAAUAAUUCAAUUUGGGGUGAAGGUUAUCAAGGAUAUGGUAAUGGAAUAAGUAAUACAUCCACUAAAGUAGUAUUACCAGAACGGGGAUUAACAGAUAAUCAAAUUAAUACUAAAGUAUUAAAAUAUAGUAAUAAACCAAAACAUUAUGUACCUAUAAGAUUAGAUUUUGAUGUUGAAAGAGAUAGAUUUAAAUUAAGAGAUACAUUUUUAUGGGAUUUAAAUGAAGAAGUUAUGACAGUUGAAGGAUUUACUAAACAAAUUCUUGAAGAUUAUAAAUUUAUACCUCGAGGAUUUUAUGAUAAUAUAUUAACAUCAAUUAAAGAACAAAUUCAUGAUUAUCAAAAGAAACCUCAAAAGACUUCAGGAGAAAUUAGAAUUCCAAUAAAAGUUGAUAUUACUAUAAAUAAUACUCAACUUACUGAUCAAUUUGAAUGGGAUAUAUUAAAUUAUGGAGAAAGUGAUCCAGAAGAUUUUGCUACUACAAUGUGUGAUGAAUUAAAUUUACCAGGAGAAUUUAUGACAGCUAUAGCUCAUACAAUAAGAGAACAAACUCAAUUAUAUCAUAAAGCUUUACAUCUUGUUGGAUAUAGUUUUGAUGGAGGACCAAUUCAAGAAGAUGAAAUUCGAGCUCAUAUACUUCCAUCACUUCGACUUAUAUCUCAAGAUUAUAAUGUUGUUGAUGAUUUUUUUUCAAUCUUAAGAAAUCCAACUAGUGUUGGAGAUUAUAGUCCAUCAUUAGUUAAAUUAACUCAAUUAGAAGUUGAAAGACUUGAAAAGGAAAUUGAAAGAGAUAGUCGACGUAAAAGAAGACAUUUACUUAAUGAACAAGAUCAAUUACCUCAAUCAUCUGGUAGAAGUACAACAUCAAGAAGAAUUGCAUCCCAUGCUGCAAGAGGAGGACCAGUAUUACCAGAUUUAUCUGAUUUACCAAAAACUUUUAGAACUCCAGCUCCAUCAAGUAUUUUACCUGGUGGAGUUGAUAUUGGAGUACCCGAAGUUUAUGAAUAUAAUGAAAUAUUCGUUAACAGAACUCAAGUAAAGAAUCCUGAUUACAUACCUCCACCUCCACCAACCGUAGUAGAAACUGAUAGAGUAUUUUAUAAUCACGAUAUAAAUGCUCGCACUUUAUUUGUAACUAUUAGACGAAAUUAGAAAUUAGAUAAUGUAAUGUAAUUAAUAAAUAAAUAAAUAAAUGUUUAUAUAUGUACUGUAUAUAUAAUUAAAUAAAAGUACAAAGUAAAAAAGCUUUUUAGUU